AUGAAUCUUGGACAGUCGAGUUUGGGAUACGUCAUUGAAGGAUACCCAAGAAACGUGGAUCAGCUGAGAGACUUACAAUCUUUGCUGGGCAGAAUUGAUCUGGCAAUCUUAAUCGACUGCACGGAAAGAUUCUGCAUGGAAACUGUUGCAAAUCGUGUCUUAGCUUGUAACACUGAUUUUACCUUCUGCUUCAGUGAAACUUGUCUUCUUCCCAUGCGCGCUCGCUUGCUAGAUAGUGUCCCAUUAAUAACUGCAUUGUGA